AUGGAGCUCUUCCGCUCGGAGUCCAUGCAGCUGGUGCAGUUCAUCGUUCCGGCGGAGGCUGCGCACGACACCGUGCUCGCUCUCGGCGAGAUCGGCCUUGUCCAGUUCAAAGACAUGAACCCGAGCAAGAGCGGCUUCCAGCGCACCUACUACAAGCAGGUAAAGCGUUGCGAGGAGAUGCUCCGCAAGCUCCGCUACUUCGGCGAGCAGAUGGUCAAGGCCGGCCUAAUCCCCAUGGCCCAACCCGCCCCGGACCAAGCGUACACGCUGGACGAGCUCGAGGCUAAGCUCGACGACCUCGAAAGCGAACUUCGGCAGAUCACCAACAACACCGAGAAACUCAGACGGGGCCACAGCGAACUGGUGGAGCUUCAGAUCGUGCUGGAGAAGGCUGGUGGAUUCUUCGAGCCGGGUGCGGGGUCGGGAUCGAUGCAGCAGGAUCCGGAGAGCGUCCGGCUGGGUUUCAUCUGCGGCGUCCUGCCCACGCAGAAGACGCCCAGCUUCGAGAGGAUACUGUUCCGGGCGACGCGCGGGAACAUGUACCUGAAACACUCGGCGAUCGAGGGUAAGAUCCAGGACCCGGCGACCGGUGAGAUGGUGGAGAAGACGGUGUACGUCGUGUUCUUCGCCGGCGAGCGAGCUCGCGCAAAGAUUUUGAAAAUCUGCGAGGGGUUCGGAGCCAACAGGUACCCGUUCCCGGAGGACUUCUCCCGGCAGCGGCAGAUGAAUGCCGAGGUGACCGCGAGGCUGGGCGAGCUGCAGGAGACUUUAGACGCUUCCAUUCGCCACAGAAAUGCGGCGCUGUCGUCCAUCGGCCACCACCACGAGCUGUGGACCACGCUGGUGCGAAGGGAAAAGGCGAUUUACCACACGCUUAACAUGUUCAGCAUCGACGUCACGCGCAAGUGCCUCGUAGCGGAGGGGUGGAUUCCAGUCGCGGCCAAGCCCAGGAUCCAAGACGCCCUGUUCCGUGCCAACCGAGCGUCGUCUGCGCAGAUGGGAACGGUGUUUCAGCCUAUCAACACAGACCAGGCACCACCCACCUACUUCCCCACCAACAAGGUCACCGCCGUGUUCCAGGGUAUCGUCGAGGCGUACGGCGUUGGGCGGUACCGCGAGGUCAACCCCACGGUGUUCACCAUCGUCACGUUUCCAUUCCUAUUCGCGGUGAUGUUCGGGGACUUUGGCCACGGCGUUUUGAUGCUGCUGGCGGCGCUUUAUUUGGUGUACAACGAGAAGAAACUGGGGAAAAUACGACAGCAAGAAAUCAUGCAGAUGAUGUUUGACGGCAGGUACUGCAUCCUGCUCAUGGCGAUAUUCAGCAUAUAUACCGGACUGUUGUACAACGAGUGCUUCUCCGUGCCGAUGAACUGGUUCGGGACCACGAAGUGGACGGGAUGCGAUCCGAAAAACACCAGCGCCGGCGACCAGGAGUGCACGUAUGGCGGCGUGUACGCUUUCGGCGUGGACCCGAUCUGGCACGGCACAAAGACCGAGCUGCCGUUCUUGAACUCGCUCAAGAUGAAGAUGUCAAUCAUCAUGGGCGUGACGCAGAUGAUGCUGGGGAUAUUCAUGAGCCUGCUCAACUUUUUGUACACCAGGGACUUCCUCAGCAUUGUCUGCGAGUUCAUCCCGCAGGUGAUAUUUCUCGGCAGCCUCUUUGGCUACCUGGUCAUAUUGAUGAUCAUGAAGUGGACCACGCCCGGCGCGACGGCGGACCUGUACCACGUCAUGAUCUACAUGUUUCUCGCCCCGGGCAACGCGGACUGCGCCGGCGAGGGCGCGAACGGCGAGCCGGGCUGUCCCGAGAACGUCAUGUUUUGGGGCCAGGGAGGGUUCCAGGUGUUCCUCGUGCUGAUUGCGCUGGCAUCGGUGCCCGUCAUGCUGUUUCCCAAGCCACUCAUCCUGAAGCGACGAUGGGAGGCGAGGCAGCGGGGCGAGUUCUAUACCGCGCUGGACGACCAUCUCAACGUGGACGGCAGCCUGGACGACCACGUGCAUGGCGAUCACGGUUUUGACUUUAGCGAGACGCUGGUGCACCAGAUGAUCCACACCAUCGAGUUUGUGCUCGGCGCGGUGAGCAACACCGCGUCGUACCUGCGUCUGUGGGCAUUAUCUCUGGCGCACGCACAGCUCUCCGCGGUGUUCUGGGACAGGGUGUUCAUGGCAGCGGUCGCGACGCAGAACCCGGUGGCGAUGGUGGUUGGGUUCGCCGUGUGGGCUAGCGCGACGAUCGGGGUGCUGAUGCUGAUGGAGAGCCUUUCCGCAUUUUUGCACGCGCUGAGGCUUCACUGGGUAGAGUACCAGAACAAAUUCUACCGCGGUGACGGGUACAAGUUCGCGCCGUUCUCCCUCGCCGAGAUCUUAAAGCCCGAAGCUUCUGAGUACGAGUGA